UAGAAAAUCCUGUCACCUCUGAAAUUAAUGGUCUUGAACACAUUGAUACUACUGAGGUUCCUGUUGAAGAUGCCAGCUGUCUGGAGGAGUUUAAGAGCACAGGAAAGGAAAUGAGCGAUGAAUCUGAGAGGAAAGAUGAGACACCAUAUAUGUCAGAAAUCCAUGAAGAGACUGACAAUUUGCACUCAGAGGUGGAAGGCAGCGGCGAUGACAUUCUUCAACACAUGGACCAAGUUGAACAGGAAGUAGAUCAGGUAAGGACCAAAGAUGACAGCGACGAGGACAGCCAUUCAUCUUCCAAUGAAAGCAUUGUCAAGGUCAGCGAUGAAGAGAGCAUCUGUGACGAGGCAGAGGAACUGAUCCAGUCUGCAAACGGACACAUGGACACUCCUCAUGAGGAGGUCGCUCACUGGGCAGAAGAAGUGCAGACCCCCAGGAAAAACAUUUUGGACCUACACAUGAAUGGAUGCAUUGCAGAAAAAGACGACAUUUUUGCCCAUGAGGAAGACGACUUGCAAUACAUUACCGACAUUAGUGACUUGCAUAAAUCUCUGGACUUGAUCUCAGGUGUUACAGGUGGAGAUUUGACAGAAAAUUGUGACUUCAGUAUCUUAGAAACAAGCUGCACGCCUGAGCUAGCUGAUAGUAGAAGUACGGAGCAGGAAAACUUGCCUGUGCUGUCUUUGGACGCCUCAGAGGAGAAUCAUGAGGUAGAGGUGUUUAAGUCAAAUGGCUAAAUGGUGUCACAUGCCUGGGCUUCACCCUUCAGAGGCUGAAAACAAAAGAUUGUGAAAGCUCUCUUCUGCCACUUGAUCACACUCAAAAACAAGGUACUUUAAAAAUACUGCUCAUUAUAAACCGUCUUCAUAUGAUGCUGCAUUAGGGCCAUUGUGUGUUAAAAUAUCAAAUAAUUAAGAGCCGGAACAGGUGGUUAGUAAUAAGAGAAACAUUUCUCAAAAGUGAACCAAAAACACGCGGAAUAUGGUGAUUCCAGGCUAAAAUAACAAGUCAUUAUUUUUGAUUUGGCCAUCUACUGCAGGCGUCAUACACUUGAUGUUAAUUCAACCUUGCAAAGUGAAUCGAUGUGACAAGUUUUUUUUCUCAUUAAUGUGACUUUAUUCCAUGUGGCUUUAUAAUUGCAAUCUACAAUGGCCCUUAUGCGCUGUAGUAUCUUCACAAUGUAGAUGGUCCAGUCUGUCACACAAAUAGCAAGUCUAACUAACUAGUGAUUUCUUUCCUUUUGAAUUAUGUAUAUUUAAUUUUAAAGUACACCUUCAUUUACACUCAGGUAAACAUAAUAUUGGCGCUGUUUUUCUCCUCUGGUUGGAUGUUCAUCUGCUUUUUGGGAACACCAGAGGAUGCUCAAGUUCACAAACUACAUAUGAGGGUGAUUUUCUUUUUAAAAUCCAUAAAUUUAGUACCAAGGCUACUGUGUGAACAUAAAAUGUUAAUAGAAAAAAGGUUAAUUUUAUCUUAAUUAGCUUGCUAUAUAAUUACAUCAUGUUUCUAGUGGAAAAAAUUGUGCUUGAAAUACACACUCUACACUCUACAACACCCCUUUAUAGGCUGUAAUGUAUUCUGCUGUACAUACUGAGGGUCAAGAGAUACCAUCCUUUUGAAUAAAAAUCUAAAUUUACAGUCAAAAAUACUUCCUGUAGUCAAGUUUACUUCCUAUAAAACCCAUUUCUGUUUGUUUCCUCACGUAUCUGUAGUGGAGAGACGGAAAGAAAAAGAGGAAAUUCAAAACAACUUUAUCCACCUUACCUGUUGUAAGGCUGCUGAAGCAUCAAUAUAACGGUAGUUAAAAUGUUAUCCCUUCACGGCCAGUUUGGACAGGAGAAAAAUGAAAUCCCUAAAAAGCGGAUUGAAUCUGCCAUUACAGUCACUGAGAAUCAUACACAGCUCUCAUUUAAAUGUGAAAAACAAUCACUUUAUAUUUUAAGUCAACAACUGUCCCCUAUUGAAUCCUGAUAAACAUACGUUUUGAAGUCCAGGCCGGCUGCUCGAAAACAAUCCUGUUAAAAUCGGCAUGUCCUGUUUAUAAUCCAAAGUGUCACUAAUUCUGGCUGUGUGUACAAAUGACAGACACACUGUAUGGGAGUCAACAUUAAAUCAGAUCAGUAGCAUGUUAGAAUUGAGGCCAGGCUAGUAAUAGUUUACCCUUAUGGCGCACAUUGCUCUUACAAAUGAUGUUUUAUAGAUAUUUAUUAGGAGAGCUAAAAUUAAAACCUUUUAGCGUAUCAAUGCACACAUGAAUAUUUGGUUUUGUUAUUGAAUUUUAAACGUGUUGUUAUAAAUAAAUGAUCAGAAUUAUAAUUGGAACUCCGGUGCAAUAGUCACCGACACCUUGACCGUUGUAGAUUUUCAUAAUGUUUAUUCUUGUAAUUUCUGUAAGAUUGUCUGCUCUUUUACUGAAUUUUUGUUAAUGUUAAAAACUCACUACAGAUACAUUCACUAAGCUUUUUCAUUUUCAGUUUGUUUAAUCGCAGCAUACAUUCUAAAGUAUGGAUGUGUAUUUUCCACGUUGUUGUCACACACUGCUGCUGCUUCUGGUUUAAGUGAAUUCCGUUGCAUUUGUUUAAAAGGGACCUAGAGUUGUUUGUGUUGUUGCACAGAGAAUAAAGCACCUCACACAUCCUUUGUUGUCUAGUAGGUGGAUAGUAGAUUACCGGUUUUAUUUUGUCUUCUACAAUGUCACUGACUGCAGGUAUUAUUUUUCAAAAGCUGCUUUUAAGAAUUUAGUUUUUUUAAAGAAUGAUUGCCCUAUGCAGGAGAACUAUUUUACAACAUGGAUCUACAAGGGCCACUAUGAAACCCUGAGUGAAUGUGUCCAUGUUUAUCUAAUUUUAUUUCAAAUAAAUAGUUUUUCUUCUUAA